CGAUUGCCUUCGAGGUACUCUAUUCUGAACAGCAGACAUCCGCUUCACCUUGAGGGCACGCCUUUCAUAUUCAUGCAUCCCAACGACUGAGACCCGUUCUGAGUCCUAUGGACGUACAAGCCACGUCUUCGAACACAAGUAGAGUAGACCGCGCCCACACCAUCCGCACCCAACCACCGCUUUCCCUAUGAUUUCGCUGGAGGACGACUGCAAUGAGUGCGUGCCGGAGUACCUGGUCCAGCGCGGGCCCGUGAAGACCAUCAUCUCCGCGCUGCCCUUCCUGCUGACCUUCCUGGUCGUGGCGCUUGGAGUCUCCCCGAAGCUGUUUCCCGUUCUCUCCAACCAGCCCGACCGCAAGGCACACCACAGCGAUGCGCGCCUACCUGGAUCGCCGCCGCGCGAACGCGCAUCGCUGCUGAAGAGUUUGAGACUCGAUGCGCGUGCUCUCGCAGCCGUCAUCUUUUCAACCAACAUCGCGCUCUCCGCCGUCCUGGCGGAGCUCAUCUUCUGCGAAAUCACGAGCACUGGGAACCGCUCGACGCGCACUCUGGCACUCAAGUUCACGCUCCCGUCGCUGCUGUUUCUCCUCGUUGUCGCGACGCCCGCGCUGGUGAUCCACUCGGUCGUCUCUGGGGCGGGGUGGAGCACGGGAGGCGCGCAAAGCGGCCAGCGCAAGGUCGCGUGGAUCCUGGAGUUUUGCGGCCUGGCGAUAUGGCUCGCAGGCUUCUGGUACCUCGGUAGCGGGCUGCUGGGCACGUACCUGCACGAGGAGUCGUAUGUGCACGAUCACACGUUCAGCGAAGGCUGCUUGGAGAGGAUUGGCGUCAUCGGCAUCAGCAUGAUGGCUUCGCUCACUGGGUUUGCUGCUGUGUCGUCGCUGUGGCAGACCUUUGGCGUUAGAUACCGCCCGGUGUCGGAAGCAGAUAUUGCCCGCAAAGAAGCCGGCAUCCAGGCCACGAACGAUAUGCUGCUCGCCAAAGGAUCGCGUCUGCGUGCCGUCGAGCGCAAGCUCAGCGACCACCCGCAAGAGGGCCUCAUGGGCCGCGUUGUCGGCACCUUCCGCGGCAACCCCGACGUCCAAGAACGCAACAUGCUGCGCCUCGAAAUCCAAGGCCUCGAAACUAUGCGGCACACGCUGCAAAGCUCGUCCUCCAUCCUCCACAACCGGCGCCAGACCCAGCUCCGCGCGCACACCGCCCACGGCCGCCUCCUCAACGCCUUCUCCUUCGUCUUCGCCCUCUACUGCGCCUACCGUAUCCUCGCCACCAGCGUCACAACCCUGCGCCGCUUCUCCGCCCCGAGCACCUCCUUCGCCGCCUCAGACCCCAUCAACACCUCCCUCGCGCUGCUCGCGAAACACUGGGACCCCUCCCUCGACCGCGCCGCCUGGAGCCGCUCCAUCUCGUUCCUGCUCUCCGGCGUCAUCCUGCUGCUCUCCUUCAACGCCGUCCUGCAGACCUUCUACCUCUUCAGCCGCGCCGCGCCGGGCGUCCUGCACCACGCGCAAGCCAACUUCGCGCUGCUGAUUAGCCAGAUCGCGGCGACCUACGUCAUCAGCUCCGCGCUGCUGCUGCGCAGCAAUUUGCCCGUCGAAAUGAAGUCUGCGGUUAGCGAUGCGUUGGGGGCUCCGCUGGAACCGCGGUUCACGGAGCGCUGGUUCGAAGGGUGGUUUUUGGCGGCGAGUGCGGCGACGGCGGUGGGGUUGUGGGCUGGCAAGAGGAUUCGCGGGGCUGAGUGGGAUGAGGAUGGUGAGGGGGGCGCGGAUGUCGAGUUGGGGAAGCGGUGUUGA